AUGUCCGCCGCUCGAGCUGAGUGGAAUAGACUUGCGAAUAACAUUCCUGCUCUUGAGGAAAGAUCUUCUGACAAGGACGAACACUUGGCGCCAUCAGGUGGUGCCUCCGUGGCUCCAUUUGCAUCGACCUUUAGUCGAACUGGUACAGGAGUUGGUAAAGGACCAGAACGCUCCUCUGUCAAAACCAGCCCUCAAAGAGGUAUCGUAAGGGAGGCUACCUCAACCACAAAUACUAUGACCCGAAGAGCAAAACCGAACGAGGAAUGGACCAUACAUCCCGAUAUGGUAACAAGAACAGUCAUCGGUCCCCCCGAGUUUUUCUACUCCAAGGACAGUUCCUUCUAUUUCUCUGAGACACGGGGCACAAUAUCUACCAUGUUGCCAUCAAUUCAAGACGUAUUCUGCGCAUGGAUGGGGACGAUGUGGAACAAGCCAAGGAGCUUUUCUGGAAGCAUCUUGAAUCGUACCCCCAUGCAUAAUCCCUUCUUGCCAUGGGAUUAUGAAGUCGAAUUUUUGAAUGCCAUCACGUUCGGCGCCAAUGAAAGGAUCCGCGAUUUCAGAAACACGCCAUUCCCAUUUGUUGAUCGUCAUGAUUUGAAAGAUAGACAGGAAUCGACAGAAAACGCUGUCAUUCCGGCCAUCGUAUGGCAUAUCGCCAGAGUAAUGACAGAAGUUGAGAAAUCUCGCAUGCGGUAUCACUGGGGCAUACCUGAAGACCGAAUAUAUCGGAAUGUAGCUAUUCCGGAGUCCUCGUUCCGGAGAUUAUCCGACCUUGCCACUAUUUGGGGCUCAUUCCAUGUAUCGGACGCGGCUACAAGGGACAAGAGUCAAAGGGGCCGUUUACCUCCCCGAUUUUCGGAGGUAAGCGCCGUCCAUCUUGCAACAUUCUCUUCGCUCAACAUGACGACAGACUCCAAUUUGCUUGCGACUGUUUUUGUCAGUGCCAACGUAGCAUUCCUGGCCGUUCCUGGGAUCGAUGCGCUACAAAAAACUGCUUCACUUGCAUCAUCAUUGUUCGCUAUGAUGAGCAUCACUGUCGGGGUGCACCAUGUGUGGCGACACCGCGGCAAGGUGGAUGCGCUCUACCAGGAUGCAGCAAGUGUCAUAUCCAAUUCAAUAUUAUUGAUGGAUUAUUGA